CAGACCUGUUCAGUUUUUUUCUUGUAUGAGGCGGUAAUGAGAAAGAUAGUCUUUCUUGGUGCACACGGUGUUGGGUUAUAUUGGUUAUGUAAUGGCGUAUAGCAUGAGAUUCACGACGUUCUGCAUGGGCUGGGCGUUGUCUGGGAUGGCAAAAGGUUGCGGCAUGGUCAUUUAUCGAACAUUUCGUAUCAACUCAAAGGGUAAUGAUGGGGGUGGAAGAGGAGGUAAUACUCUCGAUUUUGUAGACAGCUUUCUACUUGUAGAAAUAUUCCUAUACCCCUUUACAAUGGCCAUCAACGCUCGAAAUACGAUUACCAACGCACCUCAUACGAGAAAAAAAAACUCAACGGCUCUGCAGACUACAUUAAGAUGAAAACAGGCGAAGUAGGUAACCUAACAUCGAUGUAGCCUCCAGGGUGUUCAGUUUUUUCUUAAGUUGACGUGAACGUGUGUUCGGGCUAGCCAAAAUUUGAUCAUAUCCACUCGGAAGA